AAAACAGCCACAACUGCCAUCGGAGGUUGGUUUACCACCCAAGUGGAGGCUGCUGCACAGAGGAGCCUCCAGUGACUCCACACCAAUAUCUGGGGCUCAGAAAAGAUCUCCCAGGACAGGAGCCAUGACAUGGCCACCUCCUUACUGGCUCUGCAUGCUGGGGACCUUGAUAGGGCUCUCAGCUACUGCAGCCCCCAAUAUCUGCCCAGAUAGACACUACCGGACUCAGGGAGGACUGUGCUGCCAGAUGUGUGAGCCAGGAACAUUCUUAGUGAAGGACUGUAGCCAAGACGGAACAGCCACUCAGUGCGAUCAGUGUACCCCAGGCAUCUCCUUCUCCCCAAACUACCACCACCGGCCACACUGUGAGAACUGCAGGCAUUGUAACUCUGGUCAUCGCAUUCGCAAUUGCACGGUCACUUCCAAUACCGAGUGCACCUGCUCCAAGGGCUGGCAGUGCAGGGACCAGGAGUGUACAGACUGUAAUCAUCCUCUAAGCCCUACACAGACUAGACAGCCAUCUGAGGCCCUGAGCCCAGCUCCGAACCCCAUCAACUCACCCAAUGCCACAGAGAAGCUAGAGGCCAGGACUGCAGCUGACUUCAGGCAGCUUCCUCACUCAACUGUGUAUACCCACUGGCCACAAUCGCAAAGACCCCUGUGCGGCUCAGGCUGCGUCCACAUUUUUGUGACCUUCUCCAGCGUGUUCCUUGUCUUCGUUCUGGGUGGAAUCUUAUUCUUCCAUCAAAGGAGAAAUCAUGGACCAAACGGCCAGGCAGAACCCGAAGAGCUCUGUCCUUACAGCUGCCCCAGGGAGGAGGAGGGCAGCGCCGUCCCCAUCCAGGAACACUACCGGAAGCCUGAACCUGCUUCCUACCCUUGAGCCUGGUGCUGGGUGGGGCCCUUUCCACUGAAGCACCAUAGAGUCCAGGGGAGAUCUGGGUGGUGGCCUGCUCCCCUAACAUUGUGAUGAGGGGGCCCUUCCCUGAGUACACUCCACAAGCUGCCCUUCUGAGACUGACCACGACAAGAACGGAAUCCCCAGUGUGUGGCCCAGCAAGAUUGGGGAGGCUCAGAC